AUGGGCAACGCGCAGUCCGACCGGCGCCAGCACUACCCCAACCAGCAGCCGCAAACCACGGUUGGCUACGACGGGGACAAAGACGACAGAGGCCACUACCGCCACGCCCAGCAACAACCGCAGCCACAACAGUCACCACUGCCACGGCAACAGCCGGGCUACAACCUGGCGCCCCAGGUGGUCCAGCAGCAGCACCAACAACACGGCGGUUGCUACCGCAGCAAAGGCGAGCGCCGCCUGGACAAGGCCUUGUACAAGGCGGAGCGCCGCGUGGAGAAGGCCGAGUACAAGGCCGGGCGCCGGAUAGAGAGGGCCGAGCACCGGGCCGAGCGCCGCGCAGCCAAGUGCUGCGGCGGCCAUUCUCGCAGGUGUCGUCACGACGGGCAGUUCGUCGUCUCCUCGCCCCCGCCCGUCGCGAUGGGACCUCCGCCCGCACGGGCGCCCGUCUAUCCACAGCAGCAGGACUCCUUCACCCGUCGUGAGGUCCCAUCUGCUGCCGAAGCACAGGCCUCGGGGGUAAUGCCUCCGGCGUAUGAGGAAGUUGCCAGGGACGAGAAGUCAAGGACCGCGUUCACUCACUGA